AUGCCGCCUCCUGGGAAAGUUCCCCGAAAAGAGAACCUGGGGCUACAGUGUGAGUAGGGGUCCUGCUCCUUUGUGUGCUCAGCCAUGGAGGAGUUCUGCGAGCAUGUCACCCAGCACCUGCACAGCUCGGGGGAGGAGGAGGACGAAGAGGAGGAGGACUUGCUGGAGGAAGAAUUCUCCUGCUUCUGGCAGGAGUGUGGCUUUUGUUCUCUGGACAGUUCUGCUGACCUUGUCCGCCACGUCUACUUCCACUGCUACCACACGAAGCUGAAGCAGUGGGGGCUGCAGGCCCUGCAGAGCCAGGCCGACCUCAGCCCUUGCAUCCUGGACUUCCACAGCCGCAACAUCAUCCCUGAUAUCCCUGACCACUUCCUGUGUCUGUGGGAGCACUGUGAGAGCGCCUUCGACAAUCCCGAGUGGUUCUACCGGCACGUGGAAGCGCAUAGCCUGUGCUGUGAACACAAAGCCAUUGGCAAGGACAACCACGUGGUGCUGUGUGGCUGGAAAGGCUGUACCUGUACCUUUAAGGACCACUGUAAGCUUCGCGAGCACCUCCGCAGCCACACCCAGGAGAAGGUGGCGGCCUGCCCCACCUGCGGCGGCAUGUUUGCCAACAACACCAAGUUCUUAGACCACAUCCGUCGCCAGACCGCACUGGAUCAGCAACGCUUCCAGUGCUCUCACUGCUCCAAGGGGUUUGCCACUGAGAGGCUGUUGCGGGACCACAUGCGUAACCAUGUGAACCACUACAGGUGCCCUCUGUGCGAUAUGACCUGUCCCCUGCCAUCCUCCCUCCACAAACACAUGCGCUUUGGCCACAGCGAGGACCGGCCCUUUAAAUGCGACUGCUGUGACUACAGCUGCAAGAACCUGAUGGACCUCCAUAGCAAGGAGCCAGCCUACAGGUGUGAUUUUGAGUACAGGUGUGAUUUUGAGAACUGCAACUUCAAAAAAUGGCGAAAUCUUGAUAAAAGCAACAAGUUUGUAUUGUAUUCUCUUCCUCCCCAAUUCUGUGGUAGCCUUAAAACUAACAGCCUGGCAGCUACAACUGCUAUAAAAAUCAGCUACGUGGAAGCUGCUGUAGAAGACUAA